ACAUCAACAUUCUGUGUACUAAUCAUUCAGUGAGCUGCUGCCGGAUAGUUUAGUGCCACGAUAAUAUUUGAAUUUUGGAGUAAUAUAUUCAAACAAAGCGCCUACUUUAUCAUUUCCAAUUAAGAAGUAUUUAGCAUUUUUCCAAACUGCGAUGUCUUGGUAUUAUACUCCUCGCCCUACCGUAUACCCCGCGGAAGAAUUCGAUGCUUCUGCCGAUGCAGCCGCUCUAAGAAAGGCCAUGAAGGGUUUUGGUACGGAUGAACAGGCGAUUAUAGAUAUCCUAUGUGCAAGAAGUAACCAGCAACGUCAGAACAUUUCUGAAGCGUUCACUCGGGAAUUGGGUCGGGAUUUAAUUGAAGACUUGAAGUCAGAGCUUGGCGGAAAAUUUGAAGAUGUAAUUGUUGGGCUUAUGUUGCCGCCUGAGAAAUAUCUAUGCAAACAGCUGCACAAAGCAAUGGAUGGGAUAGGUACCAACGAGAAGACACUGAUAGAGAUAUUGUGCUCAUUGAAUAACGAACAAGUCAAAGGAGUUGUUGACUGCUACGAAGAAAUGUACAACCGUCCACUUGCAGAGCAUUUGUGCAGCGAAACAUCCGGUAGUUUCCGGCGCUUGCUUACAAUGGUCAUUGUAGGUUCUCGUGAUCCACAAGGUACCGUGGAUCCCGAGUUGGCCGUUGAGCAGGCUAAUCAACUGUACAAUGCCGGCGAAGGCAAGCUGGGUACCGACGAGCAGGUGUUUUAUAAAAUUCUUGCACACGCCAGUUUCGAUCAACUUGAGCUGGUGUUUGAAGAGUACAAAAGUUUAACUGGUCGUACCAUUGAACAAGCGCUGAAAGCUGAGCUAAGUGGAGAACUGUACGAUGCACUGAGUGCAAUAGUCGAAUGCGUACAGAUGGCACCACAUUUCUUCGCUAAACGUUUACACAAGGCAAUGGACGGAGUCGGAACAGACGAUGCGACACUGAUUCGUAUUAUUGUCAGUCGCUCUGAAAUAGAUUUGCAGAACAUCAAAGACGAAUUUGAACAAAUGUAUAACAAGUCUUUACAUAGCGUUGUUAAGGAUGAAACAUCGGGUGACUACAAACGUGCUCUUUUGGCACUUAUCGGAAAUGCUUAAAAAUAACCCAUUAGUAAAACCCUUGUGGAAUACUAGAAGCCCCACCAUCAAAUUUAGCACACGUGUCUGUGUUUAAACGAAACUCAUAACUCUUCUUCAAUGUCUCAAAAAUUCAAAUUCAUAACUUAAAUUGAAUCAUUAAACGAACUGCCAAACAUCGAGGUCAAAUCAGAAAAAAUGCCUUGAAUCUCUAAAAGAUACAAAACUUUUUAACUUAUCUACUAAUACUAGGCUUAUAUGCGAUUUGAUAAAUUAUAUUGUAAUGCAUGUUUGUGUACGCAAGUAAAUGCAGUUUUAUUAUAUUGUACUGCAGUAAUAUAACAUGUCGCCGAUGAUGAAUAAACGAAUUGUUUGUUUGAAUUGGAAAAA